GGGUAGAUAUGUCAUUUAAGAAUUUUGUAAACACGGCGUGUUAGAACAGAGAUAGAGGAAAUAAAGGAGAGGAAGAAAUCCUGACAAGAAAUAACUGAUGGCGAAACUGAGACACUCGCGAUUUCAGGCGAGGAAAUGGUCGACAUUGAUGCUGGUUCUGUUUAUGCUUUUCAUGUUAACGAUUGUUCUCUUAAUGCUUUUGGCGUUUGGGGUUUUCUCUCUUCCAAUCAAUAACUACGACGAAUCUUCUCCGAUCGAUCUCUCUUAUUUCAGACGAGCUGCAACUGAGAGAAGUGAGGAUGGACUUGGGAAGAGAGGAGAUCAGUGGACUGAAGUGCUUUCGUGGGAACCCAGGGCUUUCGUCUACCACAACUUCUUGUCGAAGGAAGAAUGUGAAUAUUUAAUUAGUCUUGCCAAACCACAUAUGGUGAAGUCAACUGUUGUAGAUAGCCAAACCGGGAAGAGCAAAGAUAGCAGGGUUCGAACAAGCUCAGGGACUUUCCUUAGGAGAGGAAGAGACAAAAUCAUUAAGACUAUUGAGAAAAGAAUUGCAGACUACACCUUUAUUCCAGCAGAGCAUGGAGAAGGACUCCAAGUUCUUCACUACGAAGCAGGGCAAAAGUAUGAACCACACUAUGAUUACUUUGUGGACGAGUUCAACACUAAGAAUGGAGGUCAACGGAUGGCGACAAUGCUUAUGUAUCUGUCGGAUGUUGAAGAAGGCGGUGAAACGGUGUUUCCUGCUGCCAAUAUGAAUUUUAGCGCUGUGCCAUGGUACAACGAGCUCUCCGAGUGUGGGAAAAAGGGAGUUUCUGUAAAGCCGAGAAUGGGCGAUGCGUUACUCUUUUGGAGCAUGAGGCCCGAUGCUACACUGGAUCCUACAAGCUUACAUGGUGGAUGUCCUGUGAUUAGAGGGCACAAGUGGUCAUCUACCAAAUGGAUGCAUGUUGGGGAGUACAAAGUCUAGCGUGUUUGAUUGCUGGACUGUAUACUGUUUCCUUGAUGGUGGAAGAAAUGCAAUGUCGGAACCAAAAACUACAGAGAGUUGAUGUUUGUUUGUAUUUUUUCCCCCGCGGCUCAGUGUAUUGGUCAGCAAUAUAUUUUUGUUUUGAUGGGAUUCAGAGGAUCACAAUAUCAUUAGAGGAUUACUAAAAGAUAGAAUCGUUAGAUUAAAUUAGGAUGGACUAGAGAUACUGUUGCUCAUUGGUAUAUGAGCCAUAAAGUUUGUCCUUUCAACAGAUGAUGUGAAUUACUUAGUUUUGUGCUGUCUUUUUGUGAUUAAAACAUUAUUAUCAUCAAAAAAAAAAAAUGUCAUCUUAAUAUGAAAGCUAAACUGUUACAUUCAUU